AUGACUCCCAGACUGAGCAUCUGGUCCUUCAAGGAGGAUAUAUGCCGGAGUCGCCCCAUAGACCUUGUAUUUAUAAUAGACAGCUCCCGCAGUGUCCGGCCUCUGGAGUUUGAAAAAGUGAAAACCUUCUUGGCCAAACUGAUUGAAGCCUUGGAUGUGGGGGAAAGAGCGACUCGUGUGGCUGUGGUCAACUAUGCCAGCACAGUCAAGAUUGAAUUUAAUCUUCAGAAGUACUUUGACAAAGCUUCCAUGAAGAAUGCCAUCUAUCACAUCCAUCCAUUAUCUGUGGGGACUAUGACUGGCUUGGCCAUCCAGACAGCCAUCAACGAAGUUUUCACCAGAGACGGAGGGGCAAGGGACUCUUCCCAUGAUGUCCCUAAGGUGGUCAUUAUUGUGACCGAUGGGCGGCCUCAGGAUCAGGUCCAUGAGGUGGCUUACAGGGCUCGAGCCUCUGGAAUUGAGAUUUAUGCCGUUGGGGUUGACCGAGCAGACAUGGAGUUCUUGCGGCUGAUAGUGAGUGAGCCGGUCAAUGAGCACGUUUCUUAUGUGGAGACCUAUGGUGUGAUAGAAAAGCUGGCUUCCAAAUUUCGAGAGACGUUCUGUGCUGUGGAUGUUUGCACCCUUGGGACCCACAACUGUGAGCAACUUUGUGUGAGUAGCAAUGGCUCUUGGCGCUGUGAAUGCUAUGAAGGAUACACCUUGAAUCCAGACAAGAGAACUUGCACAAGUCGGGAGACCUGCGGGCCUGGGACCCACAACUGUGAGCAGCUUUGUGUGAGUAGCGAUGGCUCUUGGCAUUGUGAGUGUUAUGAAGGGUACACCUUGAAUCUGGACAAGAGAACUUGCUCAAGGAAGGACUGUGUACCUGGGACUCACAAUUGUGAGCAAAUCUGUGUGAGUAGCGAUGGCUCCUGGCACUGCGAGUGCUUUGAAGGCUACGUCUUGAAUCAAGACAAGAGGACUUGCUCACAAAAGGACGUUUGCACAACUGGAGACCAUGACUGCGAACAGAUCUGUGUUGCCAGCGGUGACACUUGGCACUGCGACUGCUUUGAAGGGCACACCUUGAAUCCGGAUAAGAGGACCUGUUCAAGAAUAGCAAGAAGCCGUCUUCCUUCUAUGACAACGGAAGAGGCCUGUAAAUGUGAAUCACUUGCUAAAUUUCACAAGCUGGCCACUUCAUACCUUGAGGCAAUAUCUACGAAACUAGAUGAUCUGUCCAAGAAAUUAGAAGCAUACCAGUAUGGAGCAGAGCAUGUCUAGAGCUGAAGAACCAGCUGCAAUUAAAAAGAAUUCCUUCCUAUAGCACUUUGCAAGCUUUUCUUUCAAAGGAGUUGCUUUGUUGUUUUUUAAAAAAAUGCAAAUGUGUGUAGU